GCGCCAUGUUGAGGAAAUUUCUGACAAGUUCUAUAGAACCCUCUUUGGUGGAGACUAUGUUUCUGCAAUGGAUGGUUCCCUUCAUGCCAAACAUGUAAACUCAGCAGAGGCCUCAAACUCAUCCAUAGUCACUGAUGCUAAUUGGAUUGCUCUUGAGUCACCUGAGUUGACAUCCAAACCAAAUCUCUUUCCAGUUAGGCCAUCCUCAGAGCCUGUGGACACAAAUGUCGCAAGCAAGGAGCAAGUGCAAAACUUUAUUCAGACAGUUUGUAAUACACCACCAGAACAGUUGUCCUCUGGAUGUGAGGCUGAUGUUACAGUGAGCACUGUCCUUUCUGCACAUACUCAGAUGUCACUUGACUCAAAAACUGGGCAGAUACCUCUUUUAUCACAACCUGAAUCUUUCAAUUUUAGUACCACAGAAGACCAAUUCAAAGCAACAGUAUCGUCCAAAACAGCAACCCAAAGCUCCACACCUGUACAAAGUAGUAUGAAAUCAGCACAGCUAUCAGGCUGUACAUCUUUUACAACAGUUCAUAUAUCACAAACAGAGUAUAGAUCAUCACCCGAUUCUGGAUCUGAAUAUGUAGCUGACCUGGAAAUGCCUAUACAUGAAUGUCGACCCACGUCACCUGAAUCUGCAGUCUCACUGCCUAUAGAUUCACCAAUAUCAUUUGAUUACCAUUACAGAUCAGAUUCACUUGACUCAUGUGCAUUAAUGGCUGAAAUAAGAGCAAGUUCUCCUGAAUCUGUAGCAUCAGGUACUGAUCAGGUACUACUCUCUCCUGACUCUCCUUUACCUGAUUUCAGACCACUUUCACCUCUACCACCAGUUUGUGAACAUGAAACACCUGUAUUCACAGUGUAUGUUGAAGAAUGUAGAACUUCUGGUGGUACAGGCAAUGAACAGUACUCAUCCAUGCAUGUGUCAGAUACUCAGUUCAUACCACGGACAUCUUAUUUAAUGGUUUUUGAUGAAACAAAUAGACCAAUUUCACCAGGAUCAAUGAUUGAGUUUAGAUCUGUUACUCCUGAAUCGAAUGAAUCCUUAUCUUCUGUAUCCUUUCAUUCUGAAAGCUUAGACAGAGAAACGUCCCCUGAGAAGGGUUCAGAGUAUGAUCAUUGGAGUAAUGCUGAUAUCUUGAUUGAUAUGCCUUCAUCCCCUGAGGCAACAGGAUCUUUGAAUGAGUAUAUCUCACUUUCUUUGGAUUCACCAGUACCUAGUUUUACACCAGAGGUAUUUGACUUUUUAGGGCAUGUAAAAGAAUACCUAUCAUCAUCAUCCCAGUCCGAGAUUUCAGAUGUAGACCCUGAGCUGUCAUUAGAGUGGUUGUUUGAGGGUAGACAAUCAUCUCCUGAAUCAGUAGUAUCAGUGAAUGAAUGGAUGGUGCUUUCACCUGAUUCACCUCUACCGAGCUUUGUUCAAAACGUAUGUCAAUUGGCCAUGCCUACAAAAGAAUGUAGAUCUGUGUCACCCGAGACAGAUUUUUCAGACAGAGAAUAUGAUUUUGUUCCACCAGUAGUAUCACCCCUAGAAAGUCGACCUUCAUCACCUGAAUCAUUAGCGUCUGUACAUGAACAUAGACCUCUUUCACCUGAUUCUCCAAUACCACACUGUACUUCAGCAGUGUGUGAACUACAUACAUCUGUAGGAGGAUAUAUAUCUAACUCACCUGAGUCAGAUCUUUCAGACAGAGAUUAUAGGCCGAUAUCACCCAUAGCAGUACUGUCUGAGGACCGACCAUCAUCACCUGAAUUAGUAUCAUCCGUAAAUGUCCAUAGACCAUUUUCAUCUUAUUCACCAGUACCUGCAUAUAGACAAACCAUGUCUGAUUAUGACAUUUCAUUAAUCCAAAAACCACCAUCACUUGAAAUGGGAUUAUCAGAUAUUGUCUGUUCCAGCUUUGAUCCCAAGGUCCCACAAAGUGCACUAAAGACACAGUCUCUAGAGUCCAAGAUUUCAGAAACUGAUAACUCAAAUGAAAUAAUUUCAGGGAGUAUGUUGAGUCAUGACUCUGUGACUGAUUCUAUGAUCCUCUCAAGUAGGCAGAUUUUGAAGGCUUCUGAAAAAUCAACAGAAAACCUCCCAAAGCAGCGUUCAGAACUAGAUGUAAACAAACAAAAAACAGACGUGGGAUAUACUGUCAAGCCAUUCAUUUCUGAGUUAACAAAUCAAGCUUCUUGUGCAAUGAACAUAACUGUAGUCCCAUGUACAAGAUCCUCACAUCAGGAAGUACAAGAUAUAAAUAUAACUGCUGUUAAACAGGAGUUUGGUGAGAACAAAGUGCAUUUACCAAAAUUAUCAGAAUCAGUAGUUCCUGAACAUCAGGCUCUUUUUGCACAACCCCUAACAUCUACACCCAUAGAACAGUCAUUAGAUUCAUCACCCACAGCUAAAUACAAGCUUGUUUUUAAACAUGUUCUAAAUAAUCUUAUGAGGAAUAUAUAUGAUCCACAGUAUAAAGGUGAAACAUUUUGCCCUAAGCCAGGUGUUUUUGAGUAUAGUCCAAGUUCACCAAAUGUGGCAUCAAGCUCUGCUAUCGCACAAGGUCCUCUUUAUUCUUUGCCUUGUCCAAAAGAACUUGACUCGACUCUCACAGAACAGUAUUCUCCUGUUAGUGAACCAUUGACCAAAGCAUAUAAGCAGUACUCCCUUCUGGUAGAGCACUGUUUUAACAGUGAAGCAAUUAAGUCUGAAUUUGAGAGUCAUCCUCUUUCACUUGAGCCAGUGAAUGAAUAUAAACCUAUGACUCCUGAAUCACUGAUAUUUCUUGAACAUUUAAGAACAUCCUCUCCUGAAUCAACAGCAUCAGUGGAUGAGCUUAGGGCAUUAUCACCAGACUCACCAGUACCUCAGUAUGUAUGCAUGUAUUUUGAACCAGACAUGUCAAUCACAGGAGACAGAUCAUUAACACCGGAAUCUGCCAUAACAGAGGAAGAAUAUGAUAUGACAGCUGAUCAAUUAACAGUGACUUAUUGUAGACCAUCAUCUCCCCAGUCAAUAGCAUCUGGAGAUCGCAGACCAUUAUCACCUGACUCACCUAUUCCAGAAUUCAGAACAUCUUUCCCAGAGAGUUCUUUGCCAAUUUCUGGAUAUAGAUCAUGUUCACCUGACUCACUGUGUUCAGAAUCUAUAGAAUAUGAAAAUGUUCUUGGAGAUUUGUUUACUGCUGAGAAGAGACCAGAGUCACCCGAUUCUUUUGUAUCAGAAGUCGAAGAUAGACCAUUUUCCCCAGACUCCAUCUCUGAAUAUAGGCCUAGGUCACCCGAGUCUAUGACCCUAUUAUCAGACACCAGAGGAUUCUCACCAGAUUCAGUUAGUGAAUGUAGACCAUCAUCUCCAGAUUCCCCAACACCACAGUUCUCAACAUUGUUGUUUGAGUUAGUGCCAGUGAUAGGACACAGAUCAUCCUCUCUUGAGUCUCUGGCAUCAGAUACAGAUUAUGACUUAAAUGUUCUUACAGAUGCACCUUCUUCUUAUAGACUUUCAUCACCUGAUUCAAUGACAAUGGCAGAUGAAUUUAGUCUAUUAUCAACUGAUUCACCUAUUCCAGAAUUUAGAUCGUCUUUCCCUGAGACUGUGCUUCCAGUUUCUGGAUAUAGAUCAUGUUCAAGUGAAUCAGUGAGUUCAGAAUCUACAGAAUAUGAUGGUGUUCUUGAAGACUUUGUAACUGCAGAGCAAAGGCCAGAAUCACCAGAUUCAUUUGUAUUAGACGUUGAAGAUAGACCUCUUUCCCCAGACUCCAUCCCUGAAUACAGGCCUAUAUCGCCUGAGUCUAUGAGCUCACCUUCAGACACUAGAGGAUCUUCUCCAGACUCAGUUAGUGAAUAUAGACCAUUGUCUCCAGACUCACCAAUACCACAUUACUCAACAUUGAUGUUGUAUGAGGUAGUGCCAGUAAUAAGACACAGAUCAUCCUCUCUCGAGUCCCUGGCGUCAGACACAGAUUAUGAUUUAGGUGUUUUCACUGAUAUGGCUUUUUGUCAUAGGUCAUCAUCACCUGAUUCAAUAGCAUCAGCAAAUGAGAGUAGACCACUAUCACCUGACUCACCUGUCCCAGAAUUCAGAAUAUCUUUCACAGAAAGUUCUUUGCCAGUUUCUGGAUAUAGACCAUGCUCACCUGAAUCUGUGUGUUCAGAAUCUACAAAAUAUGAAUGUUUUCUUGGAGACUUGUUCACUGUAGAUCAGAGGCCUGAGUCACCAGAUUCGGUUAGUGAAUGUAGACCAUUGUCUCCAGAUUCACCCAUACCACAGUACUCAGCAUUGUUGCAUGAGGUAGCGCCAUUUAUAGGACACAGAUGGUCCUCUCUUGAGUCCCUGGCAUCAGAUACAGAUUAUAAAUUAAAUGUUGUUACAGAUGCAGCUUCUUAUCAAAGACCAUCAUCACCUGAUUCAAUGGCAUCAGUAGGUGAGAGUAGACCACUAUCACCUGAUUCACCUGUUCCAGAGUUUAGAUCAUCUUUCCCAGAUAAUGCAAUUCCAGUUUCUGGAUAUAGGUCAUGUUCACCUGAUUCUGUGUGUUCAGAACCUACAGAAUAUGAAUCUUGUUUUGAAGAAUGUAUCACUCUUGAGGAGAGGCCAGAGUCACAAGAUUCAUUUGUAUCAGAAGUUGAAGAUAGACCACUUUCCCCAGAUUCCAUUCCUGAAUACAGGCCUAUGUCACCUGGGUCAAUUAACUUUUUAUCAGACAUUAGAGGAUCUUCGCCAGAUUUUGUUAGCAGAAGUAGUUCAUUGUCUCCAGAUUCCCCAAUUCCACAAUACUCGGCAUUGUUGUGUGAGUUAGUCCCAGUAAUAGGACACAGAUCAUCCUCUCUUGAGUCCCUGGCGUCAGACACAGAUUAUGAUUUAGGUGAUUUAGGUGAUUUUACAGAUGAGGCUUUUUGUCAAAGGCCAUCAUCGCCUGAUUCAAUGGCAUCAGCAAAUAAAAAUAGACCACUAUCACCUGACUCACCUGUCCCAGAAUUCAGAACAGCUUUCCCAGAGUGUUCUCUGCCUGUUUCUGGAUAUAGACCAUGCUCACCUGAAUCUGUGUGUUCAGAAUCUACAAAAUAUGAAUGUUUUCUUGGAGACUUGUUCACUGUAGAUCAGAGGCCUGAGUCACCAGAUUCGGUUAGUGAAUGUAGACCAUUGUCUCCAGAUUCACCCAUACCACAGUACUCAGCAUUGUUGCAUGAGGUAGCGCCAUUUAUAGGACACAGAUGGUCCUCUCUUGAGUCCCUGGCAUCAGAUACAGAUUAUGAAUUAAAUGUUGUUACAGAUGCAGCUUCUUAUCAAAGACCAUCAUCACCUGAUUCAAUGGCAUCAGUAGGUGAGAGUAGACCACUAUCACCUGAUUCACCUGUUCCAGAGUUUAGAUCAUCUUUCCCAGAUAAUGCAAUUCCAGUUUCUGGAUAUAGGUCAUGUUCACCUGAUUCUGUGUGUUCAGAACCUACAGAAUAUGAAUCUUGUUUUGAAGAAUGUUUCACUCUUGAGGAGAGGCCAGAGUCACCAGAUUCAUUUGUAUCAGAAGUUGAAGAUAGACCACUUUCCCCAGAUUCCAUUCCUGAAUACAGGCCUAUGUCACCUGGGUCAAUGAACUUUUUAUCAGACAUUAGAGGAUCUUCGCCAGAUUUUGUUAGCAGAAGUAGUUCAUUGUCUCCAGAUUCCCCAAUUCCACAAUACUCGGCAUUGUUGUGUGAGUUAGUCCCAGUAAUAGGACACAGAUCAUCCUCUCUUGAGUCCCUGGCGUCAGACACAGAUUAUGAUUUAGGUGAUUUAGGUGAUUUUACAGAUGAGGCUUUUUGUCAAAGGCCAUCAUCGCCUGAUUCAAUGGCAUCAGCAAAUAAAAAUAGACCACUAUCACCUGACUCACCUGUCCCAGAAUUCAGAACAGCUUUCCCAGAGUGUUCUCUGCCUGUUUCUGGAUAUAGACCAUGCUCACCUGAAUCUGUGUGUUCAGAAUCUACAAAAUAUGAAUGUUUUCUUGGAGACUUGUUCACUGUAGAUCAGAGGCCUGAGUCACCAGAUUCGGUUAGUGAAUGUAGACCAUUGUCUCCAGAUUCACCCAUACCACAGUACUCAGCAUUGUUGCAUGAGGUAGCGCCAUUUAUAGGACACAGAUGGUCCUCUCUUGAGUCCCUGGCAUCAGAUACAGAUUAUGAAUUAAAUGUUGUUACAGAUGCAGCUUCUUAUCAAAGACCAUCAUCACCUGAUUCAAUGGCAUCAGUAGGUGAGAGUAGACCACUAUCACCUGAUUCACCUGUUCCAGAGUUUAGAUCAUCUUUCCCAGAUAAUGCAAUUCCAGUUUCUGGAUAUAGGUCAUGUUCACCUGAUUCUGUGUGUUCAGAACCUACAGAAUAUGAAUCUUGUUUUGAAGAAUGUUUCACUCUUGAGGAGAGGCCAGAGUCACCAGAUUCAUUUGUAUCAGAAGUUGAAGAUAGACCACUUUCCCCAGAUUCCAUUCCUGAAUACAGGCCUAUGUCACCUGGGUCAAUUAACUUUUUAUCAGACAUUAGAGGAUCUUCGCCAGAUUUUGUGAGCAGAAGUAGUUCAUUGUCUCCAGAUUCCCCAAUUCCACAAUACUCGGCAUUGUUGUGUGAGUUAGUCCCAGUAAUAGGACACAGAUCAUCCUCUCUUGAGUCCCUAGCGUCAGACACAGAUUAUGAUUUAGGUGAUUUAGGUGAUUUUACAGAUGAGGCUUUUUGCCACAGGUCAUCAUCACCUGAUUCAAUGGCAUCAGCAAAUGAGAGUAGACCACUAUCACCUGACUCACCUGUCCCAAACUUCAGAACAGCUUUCCCAGAGUGUUCUUUGCCAGUUUCUGGAUAUAGACCAUGCUCACCUGAAUCUGUGUGUUCAGAAUCUACCGAAUAUGAAUGUUUUCUUAGAGACUUGUUCACUGUAGAUCAGAGGCCUGAGUCACCAGAUUCGGUUAGUGAAUGUAGACCAUUGUCUCCAGAUUCACCCAUACCACAGUACUCAGCAUUGUUGCAUGAGGUAGCGCCAUUUAUAGGACACAGAUGGUCCUCUCUUGAGUCCCUGGCAUCAGAUACAGAUUAUGAAUUAAAUGUUGUUACAGAUGCAGCUUCUUAUCAAAGACCAUCAUCACCUGAUUCAAUGGCAUCAGUAGGUGAGAGUAGACCACUAUCACCUGAUUCACCUGUUCCAGAGUUUAGAUCAUCUUUCCCAGAUAAUGCAAUUCCAGUUUCUGGAUAUAGGUCAUGUUCACCUGAUUCUGUGUGUUCAGAACCUACAGAAUAUGAAUCUUGUUUUGAAGAAUGUUUCACUCUUGAGGAGAGGCCAGAGUCACCAGAUUCAUUUGUAUCAGAAGUUGAAGAUAGACCACUUUCCCCAGAUUCCAUUCCUGAAUACAGGCCUAUGUCACCUGGGUCAAUGAACUUUUUAUCAGACAUUAGAGGAUCUUCGCCAGAUUUUGUUAGCAGAAGUAGUUCAUUGUCUCCAGAUUCCCCAAUUCCACAAUACUCGGCAUUGUUGUGUGAGUUAGUCCCAGUAAUAGGACACAGAUCAUCCUCUCUUGAGUCCCUGGCGUCAGACACAGAUUAUGAUUUAGGUGAUUUAGGUGAUUUUACAGAUGAGGCUUUUUGUCAAAGGCCAUCAUCGCCUGAUUCAAUGGCAUCAGCAAAUAAAAAUAGACCACUAUCACCUGACUCACCUGUCCCAGAAUUCAGAACAGCUUUCCCAGAGUGUUCUCUGCCUGUUUCUGGAUAUAGACCAUGCUCACCUGAAUCUGUGUGUUCAGAAUCUACAAAAUAUGAAUGUUUUCUUGGAGACUUGUUCACUGUAGAUCAGAGGCCUGAGUCACCAGAUUCGGUUAGUGAAUGUAGACCAUUGUCUCCAGAUUCACCCAUACCACAGUACUCAGCAUUGUUGCAUGAGGUAGCGCCAUUUAUAGGACACAGAUGGUCCUCUCUUGAGUCCCUGGCAUCAGAUACAGAUUAUGAAUUAAAUGUUGUUACAGAUGCAGCUUCUUAUCAAAGACCAUCAUCACCUGAUUCAAUGGCAUCAGUAGGUGAGAGUAGACCACUAUCACCUGAUUCACCUGUUCCAGAGUUUAGAUCAUCUUUCCCAGAUAAUGCAAUUCCAGUUUCUGGAUAUAGGUCAUGUUCACCUGAUUCUGUGUGUUCAGAACCUACAGAAUAUGAAUCUUGUUUUGAAGAAUGUUUCACUCUUGAGGAGAGGCCAGAGUCACCAGAUUCAUUUGUAUCAGAAGUUGAAGAUAGACCACUUUCCCCAGAUUCCAUUCCUGAAUACAGGCCUAUGUCACCUGGGUCAAUUAACUUUUUAUCAGACAUUAGAGGAUCUUCGCCAGAUUUUGUGAGCAGAAGUAGUUCAUUGUCUCCAGAUUCCCCAAUUCCACAAUACUCGGCAUUGUUGUGUGAGUUAGUCCCAGUAAUAGGACACAGAUCAUCCUCUCUUGAGUCCCUAGCGUCAGACACAGAUUAUGAUUUAGGUGAUUUAGGUGAUUUUACAGAUGAGGCUUUUUGCCACAGGUCAUCAUCACCUGAUUCAAUGGCAUCAGCAAAUGAGAGUAGACCACUAUCACCUGACUCACCUGUCCCAAACUUCAGAACAGCUUUCCCAGAGUGUUCUUUGCCAGUUUCUGGAUAUAGACCAUGCUCACCUGAAUCUGUGUGUUCAGAAUCUACCGAAUAUGAAUGUUUUCUUAGAGACUUGUUCACUGUAGAUCAGAGGCCUGAGUCACCAGAUUCGGUUAGUGAAUGUAGACCAUUGUCUCCAGAUUCACCCAUACCACAGUACUCAGCAUUGUUGCAUGAGGUAGCGCCAUUUAUAGGACACAGAUGGUCCUCUCUUGAGUCCCUGGCAUCAGAUACAGAUUAUGAAUUAAAUGUUGUUACAGAUGCAGCUUCUUAUCAAAGACCAUCAUCACCUGAUUCAAUGGCAUCAGUAGGUGAGAGUAGACCACUAUCACCUGAUUCACCUGUUCCAGAGUUUAGAUCAUCUUUCCCAGAUAAUGCAAUUCCAGUUUCUGGAUAUAGGUCAUGUUCACCUGAUUCUGUGUGUUCAGAACCUACAGAAUAUGAAUCUUGUUUUGAAGAAUGUUUCACUCUUGAGGAGAGGCCAGAGUCACCAGAUUCAUUUGUAUCAGAAGUUGAAGAUAGACCACUUUCCCCAGAUUCCAUUCCUGAAUACAGGCCUAUGUCACCUGGGUCAAUUAACUUUUUAUCAGACAUUAGAGGAUCUUCGCCAGAUUUUGUGAGCAGAAGUAGUUCAUUGUCUCCAGAUUCCCCAAUUCCACAAUACUCGGCAUUGUUGUGUGAGUUAGUCCCAGUAAUAGGACACAGAUCAUCCUCUCUUGAGUCCCUAGCGUCAGACACAGAUUAUGAUUUAGGUGAUUUAGGUGAUUUUACAGAUGAGGCUUUUUGCCACAGGUCAUCAUCACCUGAUUCAAUGGCAUCAGCAAAUGAGAGUAGACCACUAUCACCUGACUCACCUGUCCCAAACUUCAGAACAGCUUUCCCAGAGUGUUCUUUGCCAGUUUCUGGAUAUAGACCAUGCUCACCUGAAUCUGUGUGUUCAGAAUCUACCGAAUAUGAAUGUUUUCUUAGAGACUUGUUCACUGUAGAUCAGAGGCCUGAGUCACCAGAUUCGGUUAGUGAAUGUAGACCAUUGUCUCCAGAUUCACCCAUACCACAGUACUCAGCAUUGUUGCAUGAGGUAGCGCCAUUUAUAGGACACAGAUGGUCCUCUCUUGAGUCCCUGGCAUCAGAUACAGAUUAUGAAUUAAAUGUUGUUACAGAUGCAGCUUCUUAUCAAAGACCAUCAUCACCUGAUUCAAUGGCAUCAGUAGGUGAGAGUAGACCACUAUCACCUGAUUCACCUGUUCCAGAGUUUAGAUCAUCUUUCCCAGAUAAUGCAAUUCCAGUUUCUGGAUAUAGGUCAUGUUCACCUGAUUCUGUGUGUUCAGAACCUACAGAAUAUGAAUCUUGUUUUGAAGAAUGUUUCACUCUUGAGGAGAGGCCAGAGUCACCAGAUUCAUUUGUAUCAGAAGUUGAAGAUAGACCACUUUCCCCAGAUUCCAUUCCUGAAUACAGGCCUAUGUCACCUGGGUCAAUUAACUUUUUAUCAGACAUUAGAGGAUCUUCGCCAGAUUUUGUUAGCAGAAGUAGUUCAUUGUCUCCAGAUUCCCCAAUUCCACAAUACUCGGCAUUGUUGUGUGAGUUAGUCCCAGUAAUAGGACACAGAUCAUCCUCUCUUGAGUCCCUGGCGUCAGACACAGAUUAUGAUUUAGGUGAUUUUACAGAUGAGGCUUCUUGCCACAGGUCAUCAUCACCUGAUUCAAUGGCAUCAGCAAAUGAGAGUAGACCACUAUCACCCGACUCACCUGUCCCAGAAUUCAGAAGAGCUUUCCCAGAGAGUUCUUUGCCAGUUUCUGGAUAUAGACCCUGCUCACCUGAAUUUGUAUGUUCAGAAUCUACAGAAUAUGAAUGUUUUCUUGGAGACUUGUUCACUGUAGAUCAGAGGCCAGAGUCACCAGAUUCGGUUAGCAAACAUAGACAGAUGUCUCCAGAUUCACCCAUACUACAGUACUCAACACUGUUCUGUGAGUUAGUGCCAGUAAUACAACACAGAUCAUCCUCUCUUGAGUCCCUGGCAUCAGAUACAGAUUAUGAUUUAGGUGUUUUCACAGAUGAGGCUUUUUGCCACAGGUCAUCAUCACCUGAUUCAAUGGCAUCAGCAAAUGAGAAUAGACCAUUAUCACCUGACUCACCUGUCCCAGAAUUCAGAACAGCUUUCCCAGAGAGGUCUUUGCCAGUUACUGGGUAUAGAUCGUGUUCGCCUAUGUCAGUGUGUUCAGAAUCUACAGAAUAUGAAUGUUUCCUUGGAGACUUGUUCACUGUUGAGCAGAGGCCAGUAUCACCGGAUUCAGUGGGAUCAUUAAAUCAGAGUAGAUCAUUAUCACCUGACUCACCUAUUCCAGAAUUCAGAUCAUCUUUCCCUGAGAAUACACUAACAUUUUCUGGAUAUGAAUCAUGUAGACUUAGGCCUGCCAUUUCAGAAAAAAAAUGUGAUUUGGACAUUUUUGGAACGUCAUCUCCUGAUGCGACCCAAUCUGUUAAUGAACACCAGCCUCCUUCCUUAGAUUCACCUAUAUCUAUGUUUGAGCGAAUGAAACAGGAUGCAGUAGCAUCAUUGGAGGACAGACAGCUAUCCCAGUCACAAACAGUGAUUACAAAUGUUACACCAGUCCCUGUAAAAGACAUUGACCUUUCAAAAAGUGAAAACCAGACCGCAUCUGAAACUAUGACUAGUCAUCUGUUCCAAGAGGCUGUCAAAAUGGUUCCAGAAUACAAACUUGUCUACAAAGCCAUUCCUUUUAAUCUUAGAUCUAACAUAUAUGACCCCCAAUACAAGGGUGAAACAUACUCCCCUAAAACAGGUGUGUUUGAGUAUACUGGAUGUAGAAUGGAAGUUGUCCAGACUUGCAAAAUGGACAAGCCUCAUGGCAUCAUUGAUCAAGAUGAUUAUAAGGUACCAUCUGCUGCUCUUGGUACUUCACAAAUUACUAAGUGUUCACAUAAGAGUUUAACCAUAUCCCAUGAAUAUAAUAAUCAAACAAGUGAUGAACGUAUUAAGGAAAAGUCAGAUUCUCUGAUACUCGACAGUGAUAUCCGCCCAGAAUCCCCUGAGUCCGUAACAUCUGAAACAUGGGGCAAAGAUUUUGUUGAAAAAACAAGUCCAGCAUUGAUAGUGUUUUUAGAUAAAGUGGUAAAACAGGGCAAUACACCUCAUGGCGCAAGGGAUGUCGCAUUGCUCCAUACUGAACAAUGUGGAUCACAAACUGAGACCAUCUCGGAACCAGACUACACAAAUUCAGAACCUCCAGCAGGGUUCCAGAGGCCUUUCAGUGAAGACCUAAAUAGUGAAAGCAAACCACUAGCCACCUGUCAUGAAUUUGUCUUAGAACCAGAACAAGGGACAAAGAAUACUGAAGCUGAUUCAGCAAACAUGGAAGUCAAGAGAACAUCUGUAGAUGAAGUCUGUAAAGUCCUUAUAAGCACCCAAGAAGACAGUCAUGGAAUGAGGAUGGCCAAACAGGAAUUGGAGUUUCAGGACAAGCAGGAUCUUGAAGAUAAAUCUGACUAUGCUACUCAACUAGCCUGUCAGCAGACCAAGGCAAGGGCUCUGCAAGAACUUUCAGAAAAGGAUAUUUCUUUCAGAGCACAACAUAUAGAAGGGUUAACACUAAAUCAAGGAGACUCCUAUUCUACUACUUUGCUUAGAGAUGCCACUGACAAUGAAGACAGCUCAUCAACAGUCCAAGAUAGUAGUAAUGUGGCCAUUUUAGAGCAAAGGCUGAAACUAACUGCAUCCCCUUCAACAAGUGAUGCCAUAGAGUCACCUGCAAGUGACCCAAAGACUCUACCCAGUAUACAAGAAAGAAACACAUCUCUGAGUUCUGAUUUGGAAAGUGUACAUCAUAAGCCUUUCAAGCAAUCACUUGAGCAAGCCAAGACAACCUCUGAAUUGUAUCAAAUACAUACAGCUCCUUUCCAGUUCUAUAUGCAAGAAUCCCACAGGACAGUGACUCCUAAUCUAAGCAGCUCUACUUCACCCAUUUUAAGGUUUGAUUAUGCCCCUCCUGAUUACACCGAUGUGCUUUCAAAGUCUCCAGGCAGUGUGGUGUCGCCAACUGACAUGAGUCCCCUCUCACCUGUCUUUAACGAAUCAUUUUCUGACCAAGCACAAUCUACAGAUUUACCACUAUCCACUGGAAAUGAGCCUGCAAGAACAAUUGGCUCAUUUCAGCUUUCUCCAGGCUUCCAGCAAGUUCUUUCUGAAUUUGAAAACACAUUAGCAGCACUUCACAAGACUUCUACAAGAACUGCUUUGGCUCCUAGUUCCAAAGAAGUGACUCAUGAGCUUGAGGUAUCUGAACAAUCCACAGAACCCAUGGAUGACAUAAGGCUGAUGGGUUUUGAUCUGAAGGCCAAGCCACUCUCUGUCCAUGCAGAUAGUUUAGAGUCAGAUCCAGAGUUCUUUGAAUGCCUACAAACUUUUUCAGAUAUAUCUGAGCCAGAAAUUAGAUCGGGAGAGCUCUUAGAUGUGCCUGGUGCCAUUUACCAAGUUGAGGAACCAUCAUCCUUACCAAGCACUCCAGACUUUGACUGUUUGACGGGUACCUUGAAGCGAAAAGAAUGCACACAUGAAGAAAAAGAGGAUAGACAACGUCCCAUAUCUUGGGACAGUGAGGAGCUCGAUUUACCCAUUGUUCUUGAACCAGAGGAUGAAUAUGUAGGUGAGCAUGGUGAAGCAUACCCUUAUGGCUAUGCAGAUGAACACUCCUUUGCUGAAGAGCUACCUCCCAGGGAGGAAGCCCAGUUUGAUGACGAUGAUUCUCUAGGAAGGGAUAUAGCAGAGGAGCUAGGCUUGCUGUCUGAUAGUUCAGAGGAAGAGGUGUUGACCACCCGAGUAGUGCGACGCAGAGUUAUUAUCCAGGGAGACGAUAUACCUGAGAUUCCCCCCCAGACAGUGACAGAGGAGCAAUACACUGAUGAAUAUGGAAACAUAGUAGUUAAAAAGAUCACAAGGAAAAUUAUCCGCAAGUAUGUGUCAGCAGAUGGAGUGGAGCGAGAGGAAGUGAUGGUGGAGGGAGGUCAGCAAGAAGCUAUCACAGUAGAUGAGGCUGAUAGCUUCUCCAAAGUGGUGAAGAGGACAGUAGUGAGGAGUGGCGGAGAUCAGACUGAGGUUACCUUUUCCGAGCCAUUACCUGUUGGAGGCGCAGCAGCCUCUGAAUUUGAAGUAGAGCCUGUCCAUGGUCGGAAAGUCAGCAAGGUCAUCAAAACUAUGGUAGUACAGGGCGAGCGGAUGGAAAAACAAAUCGGUGAUCCCUUGUUGUCAGCAGAUCUCCCCUCAGCAAAAGAUGACUUUGAAAAGGCUUUGAGUUAUGUAGGGGGCUUUGAGAAAGUCAACUUGCCUCAUUUAGUGGAGAAAGAGAUGGUGAAGGAAGAUGGAUCUGUGGUCAGAAGGACUUGCAUGAGGAAGACACGCACUCAAAAGAAGACAGUGGCGAAGGACGGCCAGAGCAAACACACGCACCUGGAGCAACUGGAGGACACUCCGGAGGCCCUGCGACCUGAUGCCCUUCAGCAGCAUCUCCACCAACUGCUCCAGCGCUACUGCACUCCAGAAGUGACAGAAGAGCCGGAAUUGGUGGCAGUGGCAGAGGACGAAGGGAAGAGGGAAGAAAAGCAGGACACAAAUGACAAAUUUUCUACUGCGUAGUCAAAUUCUAAUUAUGCUUGGCAUUUUCUUGCGCUGUUGUGGCACGUAUCCCAAAAAUCUCAGCACAAUAUCAGAUUGUGACCUUCGCCCCAGCUUUUGGAGUUCUGUGUUCUCCAUUACAAAUUGGUACAUUUUGGAAUGGUUUGAGUAUUUUUGUUUGUUUGUUUUUUGUUUUUGGUUGUUGUCAUAGUUCCCAUGUUUCCCUCCUCUUUUUUUCGUGACCAAAGAUAGCUUUAUCUUGCUCUUGCUGAUAAGUCUAGAUUUGUUGUUUUAUCAUUCGUUAGCUAUUGUGGUAGAAUAUCUAAACAUUACACAAAAGCAUCAUCUUGGACAUAAAACCAUUUUCACAGACCUCUUUUUGCAAGAGAAAAUAAUGGGACACGUCAAUAUUACAUAAAAUGUAUCCACUUUGAAUGGAAAAAGGGAAAAAAAGCUGCAGCAUAAACCUGCACUGCAUACCUGCUGUACAACUGCACCAAAUGCACUACUGCAAUUAAACAUGUUACAAAUGAUUUGCUCUAAAUUCUGUCCAGAGGCUUUGGAUAACUGACUGUCUGUUACUGGGGGCAUGCUUACUGCAUACCACAAACACAGGUAUAACGUGGACAGUAUUGAGACGAUGUAAAAAUGUAAUGAAUGUCAUUGUGUAGUUCUCUAUGAUACCAGAAUGAGCUUGAGUAAUUUGUAUUUAGUACAAGUGUGAAAUCACUAUCACCUCUCCACUGUCAUGGUGGUCCGAAUGCUAGAUUUUGACAUGCUUGCCUUUAAUGUGCAUUUAGAAAGUCAUAUUGAAUGAAAGCUUAGAGAAUUCUUCCUAACUCAUGCUCUUGGAUUUUUUUUUUGUUGGUCUUUCGCAUAUUUUCAUGUAAGGCCACAACAGCUUUUGCACGGUGGACUCGGUCUGCCCUAUAUAUGUACAGUGCGUGCGUGUGCCUAUAUGUGUGUGUAUGUACGCAUUUCUUCACCAUGUUAACCUCCAGUCACAAUACUGCUACCCCCUUGUCUGCAUAUAUGAAAGUAGCCAUCAUUAAUGUUACAUUCUUAUUUUAAUCCACAAUAUUCUUUGUGCUGUCUGAUUUUAAAACCUUCACCAUUAUUUCAAGGAUGGAUGUUAUUAAUCAGUAACCCCCAGAAAGACUCUUUGUGCUUAUGAGCUUGAUCUUAAAGUCCUUCCAUAUUAGUGGCGCACUUACAAAAUCAAUAUCAAGGGUUUCGGAGCACUGUGAACACGGCUCGUCAGACUGUAUGGAAGGGGGAAAGAGAAUGUGGUGUUGGUUUUGGUUUUAUUUGCUUUGUUUUAAUUUCUGAUGUUGCAAAUGGUGUAAAAUAAAGAAAGUGGUAAUCUCACAUCAAUGCCAUUUUCUUACGUAUUUACCGUGGUUGCAUGUCUUACGAUGAUUUUUGCCUCUGAGCCACAAAUGACAGAUUCUAGGCCACUUUCCUAGACCCAAAGUAAAGCCCAUCUCCAAUAGUGAUUCUGUGUUGACACUGAAAUUUAGUCCAGGUUUAUGCUCAAGCCAUAUCUGGGAAACUGGCAGUGUGUCUUUUGAUGGGUCUGUCUCUCAGACAGGGAUUAAGUCUAGUACUGAACUAGCAUGCCAAAGGGAAAUUCUCCACUGAAUGGAAAACCUAGUGCAAGGCAAGUCAUAAUUAAAAUCUGGGAAACCAACACUAUUAGUAAGACAAAAAAUAAUCAGUCAAAACAAAACAGUAUAGAAAUUCAUGUAAAGCUAAAAAGUAAUAAUUUGUGGAAGCAUCAAGUACCUAAAAUACAUAUAAGACAUAAGAAAAUAACUGCAUACUUCUGACUUAAUGGGAGCUUUCAAAAUAACCUUCAACCUAUUUAUGCCUAUGAAGGUAAUGAUUUUAGUGAACGCAGUAGUAGCAAUGCUCAUUUUUCAUAUUGGUGGUGGUCAUUUUUACACUGGUGGUGCCGAUGUUCAGAAAACAGACAAAACAUUACAACAAAUGAAUGAUGUAGACAGAAUGUCCCUUUUUAUGGGAACACAUCAACUUGCGCUACAUUUCUGUUCUUAUUUUUUGUUAAUUUUCCUCACAGAGAAUGUAUGUGUGAGUGUUUGUGAAGUUCUCAGUGGUUUUCAUGAUGACGUUAUCCUUUUAUAAUGGACAGUAGCAUGCGCACUGUUAAGCUGUUCUUGAAAUUUAUUUUAAGCUCCAGGAAAAAAAAUCCAAAUCUUUGUGUUAUUCAUGAAAUCAAGAGGGAAAACACAGUUUCUGACUAGAGACUACUGAGUUCAGGACAUGAUUAUUGUUUGAUAAUGUUCAAUUCUAAAUGCUUUAUUUAUUAAAAAAAACCUAAAAAACAAAAACAUUUUGUUCCCAUGUUGGUGAGACCUACAUACACAAGACCAUCUAUGGAGGCAUGCACUAAUGACCAAAUGAAUAAUCAAUACAACUAUAGCAGCUGCAGUGUGCAAAUGAGAUAAUAAAUUGAACAUGUAGUUACUGCA